ACAGCAGGCACUGACUCUGCUGGGAAAGUCAGGCAAGGUGUUUAAUGUCCAGAGUCAUACUGAGCACAAUGUGAGAAUACCAAGUGAUUCAAAUGUAUGUCAUAUCUCAGGCAUAUGUGUUCUGACUGAUGGGCAGGUACUGAUGGCAGACUAUAAGAAUCAUAAAGUCAAGAAGCUGAACCAGCAGUACCAGGUGGUGAGUCACUGGGAGGUGACUGCUAAUAUAUAUGACAUGUGUCUCAUCACACCCAGUGAGGUUGCAGUGGUUGUGAAUGAGAAUGCUAACAACACUCAUGAGGUCCAGUUUAUCAAAGUCACCAAAAGCCAGCUCACUCCAGGGAGGAAGCUUAAGUUACAACAUGAAUGUAGUGGUAUUGCCCACCACCAGGGUGAACUGUUUAUCACCUCUGGUACUGCUGUGUUCAAGUACACUCUGACUGGCAAACUAGUCUGCAGACUCUAUGAAGACAGAUCAGCUGAUUAUACAUUAUGGAAGUGUGCUGUGACUCCCACAGGAGACAAGCUGUACAUCAUCAGCCUCUGGCAGCACAAGCUUCACACCCUGGCCAGGGAUGGCACACUCCUGGCUACAUUGACAGACCCAGCACUAGUGUGGCCACGUGGUCUACAUGUGACCCCUGCAGGCCAGGUGCUGGUCUGUGGAAGCCUGUCCUACACUGUACUACAGGUGAACAUGGAAGGGGAGAGUAAGCUGGGGGCCACUCUGUAUACAGGGAGGGAUGGAUUGUGGUACCCAUUGUCUGUCUGCUACUGCAGUACAACAUCAUCCAUCAUUGUGGGACAGGGGAACAACAUCAUCCUGGUGUUCAGAGUGGAAUAGUGUAUACAUUCGCUGCUGAGACGGGACAAUGAUGCUGAAGAUGUGUUGGACAAGAAUAACCUGAGUACACACAAGUGUGGCAUUGAAUUCCAUGGAGGCGGAUUUCCCGGAGGAAUACCUCACCUGUACGGUAUGAUGACCACCAGACAAACUCACAUUCUUCCGUGAAUGGGAAUUUAGCCCUGGUCGCCUAUGUACGAAGCGCGUGUACUAACCACUGCGCUAACCGGACAGACACCACAGCAUUUAAAAACACGAGCUAGCCUUUAUGGGGACGCGGAAAAACGUCUGCCUUGUAACCGAUAGGUCCAGGGCACGAUCCCCAUUGAAGACAAUGAUUGUUAUACGUGGAUUACAUGUAGAUCAAGUGAUAUAUCGGAAUUGACAAACAAUCUUCAAUGUUAUGUUAAUCAUUAAA